UCUUACUGUUUUAUUUUCCAAAAAAAAAAAUGGUGGCGUGAACCAGUGUUUUUGAGUGGUGAAAAAUAGUCAAUUUGUGUUGCCUUGGAUGAGUAAGGAACGAGAAACCUAAUAAAAGAAUGGCUGGAUCCCGCGAGAGACUACUCUACGACCGACAUUUAGACUUUGAUUACGAAUACGAACGGAGGCGACGACACGAAAUAAGUAGAUUCGAAGCGCAGCAUUUAGAACCGAACCGCAUUCGAACGGAACGCUUCGAACAAAUUGAAAAACCGAAGAGGAAAAACGGUUACGUGUUCGAAGACAUCUAUUCGGACUUCGACGAGGCUCAAGGACGACUUUCAUUAUUCAGACCAAUUAGACCAGAGUAUUUAAACUUGCAAACAUCAUACGUUAACAAGUAUAAUUCUUUGCCUAGAAAUCAAUACUACAAUGACGACCGUCGUCGAUACAAAAAAGACUAUUACGACUUCAGAAUUGAAGCGGAGAAACGAAAGCCGCGGGAGUCUUAUGAACAUAUACAAAAAGAACGAAUUGAUAUAAAACGAAACGAAAUUAGGCUAACAGAUCGAAACGAACAUAGACCUAAUUCUAUCAACAGAACUCAGCCGAAUCAAAAGCCAAAAAACGUGGCUGUGUGUAAACCUUUACGCUUAUCGGAGAAGAAUGUUAAAUACUGGACGACCGAUCCGCCUGAGAAGGAUCAAGUUAAGAAACCUAAGAAGGAUGAAGCUAAAAAGAUCGUUAAAUUCUCUGAAGUGUCUGGCUGUCGCAAGAUGGUUAUCGACGAUCCAAUUUGCGGUCGCAAAGUGGUUGCUGUGAGAGAAUUGGAGGUUUCGCUAGACCAAAUGAUCCAGAACGGGUAUUUUGAGAAGAAUAAUAUACCGAUAAGGCUGCCGGAGAAGCAAGAGGAGAUAAAGGGGAACGUUCCGAACGGGAAGUGCUUAUCGGGAACGGGGGGCGAGAUACCGGUGCAGCGCAAGUCCAGACAUUUGCCACAGGUCAUAGCAGCCCUCGCGGUGUCUCUGGCACCUUUCUCCGCAGGGCUCGGCAAGGGCUACAGCUCCCCAGCAAUAGCAUCGCUUCAGGGGCCGGGCAACGCGACUCGCAGAGACUUCCAGCUCACAGACCAACAGGCCUCCUGGCUCGCUUCUUUAUCUUUUCUAGGUGCUCUCUUUGGAGGCAUGGCUGGUGGUGCUGCGAUGCGGCACGGGCGUCGCAGGGUUCUCUCCCUCGCCGCAGCUCCUUGCAGCCUGUCCUGGUUGCUCACCGUUCUGGCGACGUCGGUGCGGAUGAUGUGCAUCACUGCCUUCCUCGGAGGCUUCUGCUGUUCCAUACUCACGAUGCUCUCACAGGUUUAUAUCAGCGAAAUCUCAGUGCCGGACAUCCGCGGUUGCCUGAGUGCAGUCUUGAAAAUCGUCGGGCAUCUCGGAGUGUUGUUCAGUUUCACCAUCGGCGCGUACCUUGACUGGCAGCAGCUGGCGUUAUGUAUAUCCGCUGCCCCACUUCUCUUAUUCUGCACAGUCCUAUACAUACCUGAAACACCAAGUUAUCUCGUGCUAAUAGGGAAGGAUGAAGAAGCCUACAAAAGCCUCCUCUGGCUACGUGGACCAAAUUCCGAUGUCGCUCAAGAACUAGCUACUAUAAGAACCAAUGUUUUAGCAAGCAAGAACUUUAGCCAACGCCAGAGCCAAAUGUCAAGCAGUCAACUUAUUAACUCUUUUGAUGUGAGAACUGCCAACCGUCUUCUCGGGCCGAUACUCGUGACAUGCGGCUUGAUGAUGUUCCAGCGCUUUUCAGGCGCGCACGCUUUUUCCUUCUAUGCUGUGCCGAUAUUUAGAAAAACAUUCGGUGGAAUGAAUCCCCACGGAGCCGCUAUAGCAGUAUCUUUCGUUCAGUUGCUUGCAUCAUGUUUGUCUGGCUUGCUGAUCGACACUGUGGGUCGCCUUCCGUUACUCAUUGUGAGUUCUGUCUUGAUGUCGAUGGCUUUAGCUGGAUUCGGCAGUUACGCAUACUACGAAGAAGUACAUAGGAACCAGAGGAUCCAGAACGUCAUGUUUCAUCAGACAGUCGGUCAGAAUGACUGGAUUCCUUUACUCUGUGUUCUGGUUUUCACGAUUGCGUUUUCGUUAGGCAUGAGUCCGAUUUCUUGGCUGCUAAUCGGCGAGUUGUUCCCUCUUGAGUACAGGGCAUUUGGGAGUGCGAUGGCGACCGCCUUCAGCUAUCUCUGCGCCUUUGUAGGUGUUAAAACAUUCGUGGAUUUCCAGCAAGUGUUGGGGUUGCACGGAGCAUUUUGGUUGUAUGCUUCGAUAAGCGUCGGCGGGCUGUGUUUUGUAGUUUGUUGUGUUCCAGAGACUAAAGGGAGAGAUCUAGAUGAAAUGGAUCCAAAUUAUGUUCAAAGUCUGUCGCCAAAGAGGUAAGUCGU